AUGGCAAAAGGAGAUAAUUAUAUAAGUUCAAACGAAGAUGAAGACGAUAAAAAAACUGUGCACGACGAUGAUUUUGACGAUGACGAUGAGAUUUCAAAGAUUAGAGAGAGAAGAAUACAAGAGAUGAAAGAGAGAUCGAAAGCAUUGCAUCAACUAAAGAAUAGCAAUGCUGAAUACACAGAGGUACAGGAGAAUGAUUUUCUAAAGGUUGUAACCGGCACUGCAAAUGUUGUAUGUCACUUCUAUCACAAUGAAUUUCAGAGAUGUAAAAUAGUUGAUAAACAUUUAGAGAUCUUAUCAAAAGUACAUAUUACAACAAAGUUUAUAAAGAUGAAUGCAGAGAAAGCACCGUUUUUCGUUGGUAAACUCAAUGUCAGAGUGUUGCCUACAAUGGUAUUCUUUCAUAAUGGUGUGGCAGUCGAUAGAGUGGUUGGAUUCGACGAUCUCGGUGGUAAAGAUGAUUUCAAAACAGAUGUUCUGGCGAAACGUAUUGCACAAUCAGGUGUAUUAGAAUUGAAAACCUCUUCAAACCUUACAAUCAUUUCAAAACAUGAAAGGCUAGCAAGAGAUGAACAAGAUGAUUAA